AAUAAGAGAUAAAAUUGAACGUGAAUUAUAAAACCAAUUUAUUGCAGUGAAAUUUAUUAAAAUUUUUAGUUAUAAAGCUAGUUUCUUAAUGCAAAAAGUGAAUUCGUACGUUGGAACAACUUAUCUAGUUACUGCAAGUUGGUUUAAACGAAUGAUACGGCAUAAUCAAUGAAGUUCCUGGAAGAUUGAACAUUUAAAUAAAAUUGGAGUAAGCUACAGUUAAAAAGGCGCGAGGAAAAGCGAAAAGAUGGAAGAGUAGGUGUGAGCACGAGGGUAGAAAAAGAAACUACUUUUUUGUGCUGAUCAUACAAAUAGACUGCUUCAAAAUUACUUUCUGAAUCCGCAACAGACUCAAAAAAGUAAUGAGUCAGACGGAUCGAAUCUCAAAUCACUCUAAUCAGGAGGAGCUGGAUCUUACGCUUACGCCCUGUGCGGCUUGUAAAACUACCUCAACGGAGAAUGAGCCAAUGGUAGGAUGCGAUUCGUGUGAUAACUGGUUUCACUAUCGAUGUGUGAAUGUGACGGAAGCCGUAAAAAAAGAAAAACGGUGGUUUUGCAAGGAGACCGCUCGCCAAGAGGCGGCCAAAAAGUAUCAGAAAAAAACAGAUACCAAGAAAAAGAAGUCAGAAACGGUGCCCACACUGGAACAGAAGUUAAAGUAUAUGGAAGAGGAGCAUAAGAAGAGGUUGGAGGAAUGGGACAUGGAGAGGAUCCUGGAGGAAAGGGAAAAGCAGUUUAAAUUGGAGCUGAAGGAAAAACAGAUGCAGCAGGAACAGGAAUUAAAAGAGCAGGAAUUGGAUCGAGAGAAAAAGAUGCUGAGUCGUGCUCUAGCGGACAAAGUAAAUUACCUCCGGCGAAUGAAGUGUAUUCGUGACGAGUAUGAAGAGGAAGUAAAUAUCAUGGAUGAGAAUGCCCGAGGGCUAGGAUUGUAUUUUCCGGUAUCAGUCUCCAAUGUGAAUGCCGGAAAGCCACCAAUUACUGAAUCGUUGAAACGAAACCAAAAACCGAAGAAGCUGAAUAAACAGGAGGUCGCGUCUGCAAGUGGAAUUGCUGGAGCCGAUUUCGUGGACCAUCAAGCGGAUCAAAACGUGGAUGGAUCAUCGUCUAGUAUCCCGAAGAAGAAUCGUGAACAAGUUGACAGCCAGAUUCAAAACGGGCUGGGGCAGCAGCAUGCUGAUCCACCAAGAUGCAGCUUGCAGCUAGAAGCGUUUUUGACGCGGCGGGGCAAGUUGGUUUAA